GCGCAGUAGCGACGACGGGUUCCGGCGCUGAGCGCGUUUCUGCCUUUCAGAAAACAGGUUCCAGACAGGCACCUGGACCGAAACUGAGGCCAGUAUUUGGCAGCUGCUGGCUGUACCCGACGAGCUCACGCGGUGGGAGGGGCGGCAGAGGAAAGGUGCCGCCGCAGAGACGGGUAGGAGAGACCCUAGAACCUUUUCAGAGAAGAAUGGAGGAAAAUAUGAAGCUUGCUACAGUAGAAGAUACUGUGGAGUACCGCCUGUUCCUGAUACCAGAUGAACCAAGGGACCCAGAAAAACACAAGGAGAUUCUUCAAAAGUAUAUUGAGAGAAUAAUGACCCAGUUUGCACCUAUAUUGGUCCCUUACAUCUGGCAGAAUCAGCCUUUCAAUCUCAGAUACAAACCUGGGAAAGGAGGUGUUCCUGCUCAUAUAUUUGGCAUGACAAAGUUUGGGGAUAACAUUGAGGAUGAAUGGUUUAUUGUUUAUAUAGUAAAGCAAAUUACAGAGGAAUUUCCAGAAUUGGUAGCAAGGAUCGAAGACAACGAUGGUGAGUUCUUGUUAAUAGAAGCUGCUGACUUUCUCCCCAAGUGGUUGGAUCCUGAUAAUAGUGCUAAUAGAGUGUUUUUCUACCGUGGGGAGCUGUGCAUUAUUCCUGCACCGAGGAAACCUGGAGCAGCAUCCUGGUUGCCCACUACACCCCCAACAAUCCCACAGGCAUUGAAUAUAAUCUCAACACACUCAGAAAAAAUUUUGGCCUCAGAAUCUAUACGAGCUGCUGUGAAUAGGCGUAUCAGAGGAUACCCAGAAAAAAUUCAAGCCUCCCUUCAUCGAGCUCACUGCUUCCUCCCAGCUGGCAUUGCAGCAGUGCUAAAGCAGCGCCCUAGGUUGGUAGCCGCAGGAGUCCAGGCAUUUUACCUACGGGACCCCAUUGACCUGCGAGCCUGUAGGAUUUUCAAGACUUUCUUGCCUGAAACACGAAUAAUGACGUCGGUCACCUUUACUAAAUGUCUGUAUGCACAGUUGAUGCAACAAAGGUUUAUGCCAGACCGGCGGAGUGGAUACAAGCUGCCUCCUCCAUCCCAUCCCCAGCACCGAGCCCAUGAAUUAGGCAUGAAGUUGGCUCAUGGAUUUGAGAUUCUAUGCUCCAAAUGUAGCGCACAUUUUUCUGACUCCAAGAAAUCCCCUGUGACUGCCUCACCACUCUGGGCUGGCUUCCUCGACAGUCUGAAAAAGAAUGAUUACUUUAAGGGACUGAUAGAAGGUUCUGCGCAAUACCAGGAAAGACUAGAAAUGGCAAAGAACUACUUCCAACUCUCAGUAAACCGACCAGAAAGCUCUCUUGCUAUGAGCCCAGGUGAAGAAAUCUUAACCUUAUUACAGACAUUACCAUUUGAUAUUGAAGAGCUUAAGAAAGAAGAAGCUAAUCUUCCCCCAGAAGAUGAUGAUCAGUGGUUAGAUCUCUCACCAGAUCAGUUGGAUCAACUACUGCAGGAAGCUGCUGGCAAAAAAGAACCAGAGCCCCCCAUUUCCAAGAAGGAGGAGAACUAUGACUUAACUCAAGUCUCAAAGAGCAUGAAAGCUUUCAUAUCCAAAGUCUCAACCCACAAAGGAGCAGAGCUGCCUCGAGAACCUUCUGAAGCUCCAAUCACUUUUGAUGCAGAUUCUUUUCUUAAUUAUUUUGACAAGAUUUUAGGGCCAACACCUCAUGAAUCAGACUCCGAUGACCUGGAUGAGGACGACUUCGAAUGUUUAGAUAGUGAUGAUGAGUUGGAUUUUGAAACACAGGAGCCCAGGGAAGAAGCAUCUAUAAAAGGAACACUUGAUGAUCUCAAGUCAUACAUGGCCCAGAUGGACCAGGAACUGGCACAUACCAGCAUUGGCAAAAGUUUUACCACCCAGAAGCAAAUGGAAUCUACCAGUAAGAAUUCAGAUGAGGAAGAUAAUGGUGCAGGAGGAUCCAUUAUGACACCAGUGGAUGUAGACCUGAACCUGGUUUCGAAUAUAUUGGAAUCGUAUAGUUCCCAGGCUGGACUGGCGGGACCUGCUUCCAACCUCUUACAGAGCAUGGGGGUGCAGCUGCCUGACAACACUGAUCACACACCCGCAAGUAAGCCAAUGAAAGACUAAGCGGCAAGCCUAGCCUCUUUUUUUCUUAAAUAAAUGUUGGAUCUGAGUGUGCUCAUUUCUAG